ACUCGUCCGGCACAGUCGGAACAGAGAAGUCAGUGGAUCGCAUCCUUAAGCCGAGUCCGCGUGAUCCUUGUUCCGGGACGCUUUCCGGACCCGACACACUUGAUCGCCUCACCCAGCAUCGAAAUCUCCCGGUCGGUGUUCUGUGCCAGCGUCGACGUCUCCAGUGCUUCCGGGCUCCAGAGCUCGAGAUCGGGGUUGUGGUGCUUCGGAAUCCGCCGCCUGGAACUGGAAGUGCAGUGUGAAGGGUUGGAAAAUUCUCUAAGUGACGGAUGAAACGUUGGAAGAGAUUGAGUGCUUGAUGUUGAGGUUUUGAUGUUGAUGGUUCGGACCGGAUUAAAUUGUGUUGUGCGUGAUUUGUGACUGUUUGUGUUUUCGUUCUUGAAGGACUUGAGUGCGGUCCCAUCAUUGAGGGCAACAUGAUCACGAUGGAGUGCCAGCCAGGGGGUCACGGAGCACACCUGGGGCACUCCAUGAUGAUGGACCCCUCCUCGGGCUCCGUGCAUCAUCAGGACCAGGAGCACAAAAAGAAACGAGACGGCGGCUCUCACGUCGGAUCUUCUUCAGGAGACGAUGACGGCAACAACUGGGAAGGUCAUGGGGGCGUCAAUCAGCUGGGUGGAGUGUUCGUUAACGGCAGGCCGCUGCCGGACGUGGUCAGGCAGAGGAUAGUCGAAUUAGCGCAUAACGGAGUACGGCCCUGUGAUAUUUCGAGGCAGCUGAGGGUCUCCCACGGCUGCGUCUCCAAAAUCUUAUCAAGAUAUUACGAAACGGGUAGCUUUAAGGCAGGCGUAAUCGGCGGCUCCAAACCCAAAGUAGCAACCCCUCCAGUAGUAGACGCCAUAGCCAACUACAAAAGAGAAAACCCGACGAUGUUCGCCUGGGAAAUCCGUGAUAGACUUUUAGCAGAAGGCAUAUGCUCUCAAGACAAUGUACCUAGUGUUUCAUCGAUAAAUAGGAUUGUAAGGAACAAAGCGGCUGAAAAAGCGAAACAUGCACACCAAAUAGCGACUAGUGGAGGGACGACGUCGUCUUCGGGAGGUCCUGUCUCUGUUAUCGCACACGCACCUGCGACGCAACUUACGGAACCUCGCUCUGGAGCGUAUAGUAUAAAUGGAAUUCUUGGGCUUCAGCACGAUCCGAACGGAAAUAGCAUCAAGAGGAAAAGGAUAGAGGAUCACGAUGAAAAUAGAGAUAUAAACGGACAUCCGGAGGAUGACCUGAAAAGACAGCGAUCGCAGUAUAAUGGAGACCAGCUUUAUUCAAAUCUGUGGUCGAGUAAGUGGAGCAUCAAAGACGAGCACAAACUCCUCUCGGAGCUGGGAGGGGCAGGAACAACGACAGGACAAACGGGCUACUACGACACGCACGCAGGAUUCCCGAGCGUGGGGGCGGCGAGUUCGGCGGCCGACAUCUACGACACCAUCAACACCAUGAGCCAGGCGACGUCCCAGAACCUGUACACGCCGCCCCUGGCGGGGUCCCUAGGGACCAGUUCAUUAACUCCAUUAGCACCUAUCACUAUGCAUGAGAUGAAACUAGAAUCCACUAGGAUAAUGGACCCUGCAAUGUCCCCCUAUCACUCAGCCGAGACUAGCUCACCGUACAGUGGCGUGGUCGGUUUGGGGGCAGUUGUAGACGGGGCUUCCCCUGGUUUACCACUCGCCUUACCAUCCGAACCCGGAAGCCAGCCGACGUCGCAUACAGGCUCGCCUGAUCCCGCCGCAUUGACAGUACUCCAGCCAUCUAAUGGCUCCAAUCAACACUACUCCACCAUGUUGCCUAGCUUUGGCUACUCCACAGGUACGACUGUGGUACCGGGCACCGACUACGCGUACAGUACGGCCUACAGUCAGUACGGCACCGCGUACGGCACCUACGGCUACGGAAGUGCUUCCAGCGGGUUACUCAAUUCUCCGUACUACUAUACAAACAACGACGCCCCUGUGAACAACCACUUGAACUGCACGAGUUCGACCGAGACGAGUGAACAGAACAGCCGCUCCCCUCUAGCGGCGACUAGAGCAAAUUCGUUGGCGUCAGCCAAUUCGCCAACCGAAAGCGGAAGUGCGUGUCUCAAAGCAGAAAGCAUCUACACCCACGAUUUGAACCUAGGCUAGAUGUAUAGUUCCCCCAGUCGGCAAGCCGGCAAAAACAAAAGAAUCGGAACAAUCCAUGUCUUACCCAGUGUGAAUGAUCGGAAAGUGUAUAAGUGUGUAGAUAUUUUAGUUUAAUCUAGUUAGAGAAAAACGACUUAAUGAGUUUGAUUUGUUUUGUUUAGAGGCAAAAGUACCCUAAAACAUGCAAAUUACUAUCGUAAUGUACAUUGGUCUCAGAAUACUACGAAGGAUGUUAUUAUUUAUUGUGUAAUCUUUUCACAAAUGUUUUUUAUUAUUAUUUCUACAAUAUAAUAUAUUUUAUAUAUUUAGCGAAUAAGACACACCAAAGAGAUGUUUUAAGGAUUAUGUUAAUGUCUGUGCACUUUAUCAUAUCAUGGAGUAAUGUGCAACAAAUUGUGGUGAAUGUGAGAGAUUUAUUGCACAUUAUCGUUGUGUAUAGUUUAUUUUAUUAGAUACCUACAUGGAUUAAUUUGCACCGCCGUCAAGGAUUGAUUACCUGGCAGAAUAACAAAUCCCGAUCAAAGUAAAAUAGUAAAAUACCAGUAUCUGUCAACUAGUCAGAGAAGAACGUACUUACUCAGAUGAAAUUUUGUGUUCUCUGCAGUUAGAAAUCGGCCGAAUUUCAUGCACGUUUUCCACGUUCUGAAAAUUUCUGAGUACAUUGACACCAAUGAAUUAUGUAAAAAUUUCGUUUCGUUUUGUGAAUGGGCAAAUCUGCAUGAAAUUGGGAUUGAUGCGCUUGAUUAACCACAAAGUGAUUAGUCAAGAGAUGAUUACGUAAAGUAUUAUUUUAAAAAUGAAGUAAUUUAUUAUAUUUUGUAAAAUGUGUAAUAAUAUACCAAAGAGACAGCACACUUAUCAACGCUGUUACGGUAUUGUUAAGUAUUGUAUUGUAAAAUGUGAUAGGCCCACAUAUUUCAGGCCCCGUCUUGCCCUUAAACCAACCCUGUCACAUUCACUCAUAGUUGUAGGCAGUUUAUAUUUAGAAAAAUAAAUCAAAUUAUAAAUUA